AUAUCGACUGGGACAAGCUCGAGGCUGACAGCGGUGCAGGCUUCCUGCUAAGACACCGCAGGUCGAAGCUCGGAGCUCAACCGGUUCAAGAUGCUGGAAAAUACAUGGCGAGAUGGAUCUUCGACCUGCGCAGGGAUAACGGCGAGCCAAUGCCGAGCUACAUCAGCAGGGACGACGAAGCGUAUCACGAUGUGAUCAAGAGUUUCGACACUGAGUGUUUCAAGCGCCAAAGGAUGGAGCGGCUGUCGGCCCGGGCCAAGGAGUGGAACUCUCUCUAUCAAGAGGUGACCUGGUUCCUCAACAAGAUAGCAUACGAGGGCCUGGACGAUGCCGCAGACGAGGCCAAGAGACUCAACGAUUGGCCGAGGAACUUCACUCAGCCUGGCCUCGAGGAGAUACCAGAACAUCCGGACUUUGGCACGAACUUCCAGCAGGCUAUCCCGCUGGAUCGACUACGGUGCUGGCUACUUGUGCAGCGCUCGCGGCUAACGCCGACGGAGCGCGCAGCGGUCAUCAGCGCAGCCAAGGGGACGUUUCACUAUGAGAGUAUCGGCGAGCAGCUGCGAGCAUCGUGGCCAGAUGACGAGCUGACGAACCGCGACAGAAAGGGGAAGGAGCAUCAAUGCCGUCAUCGAGACCGCCGCCGCGUUCACGACGGAUGGGACCAAGACGAAGAAGAACCCUACGCUGAAGGGCACAUUUACUACGAACAGUCCGAGACGUCGGUCGGCACCGAGAACGAGGACGACGACAGCCCGGAGGAGCCGCUUUACAGCGCUGAGGAGAUCGAGCAAGCAGAGCAGGCCUUCGCCGCUCGGGAGCGCAGUUCUGAAGAAGCUCAAGAUCUCCUUCGACGUGUGAAGACAGCCCGGAAGUUCUACCCCGUGGAUGAGAUAAUAAAGAAAGGACCCUGUCUGAAGUGCGGCGGUAAUCACGAGACGAAGGAUCACAUGCCGAGGAGCCAGUCUGCCGAUCGCGAUCGUGGACCGAAGAGGGGCUUCUCUGCGUUCGCGUUAUACGACGUCCAGCGCGACGCCGAGAUGGAGGCGACGAUGAUCAAGCACGACAAGUCGCUGCGCGAGCUAGAGGACGCGCUGAGCAAGCCAGAGGUCCCGAAGCGCCACGACGAGAAGCUCCCGAUCCUGGCCGCGCUGGAAGAGACGAACGACUGGAUGCUGGUGCGCGUGCUGGAGCUUGCCCGCAGGGGCUUCGGCUUCCUGGACAUCG